AUGUGCUACUAUGGAGGAUACUAUGGAGGCCUGGGCUGUGGCUAUGGAGGCCUGGGCUAUGGCUAUGGAGGCCUAGGAUGUGGCUAUGGCUGUGGCUAUGGCUGUGGCUAUGGCUGUGGCUAUGGUGGCUAUGGCUGCGGCUAUGGUGGCUAUGGCUAUGGCUGCUGCCGCCCACUGUGCUGCAGAAGGUACUGGUCCUGUGGCUUCUACUGA